AUGCAAUAUUCAUUUAUUCGAUUGAAUGAUUUACCUGACGAGAUUCUUAUAAUUAUUUUGAAAAAAUUACACAAUAUUGAAGUACUCUAUUCUCUAUUAGGUGUUAACAAACGACUUGAUACUAUCGUCUUAGAUUCAAUUUUUACAAGAAAUUUGACAAUAAGAAGAUCUUUUAAUGGUUUAAAUCAACUUCCCAAUGCAGUACUUGAUCGAUUUUGUCUGGAAAUUUUACCUAAAAUUCAUCAUAAAAUUGAAUGGAUUGAUGUUGAAUUCUCAUCUUUAGAACGUAUUCUUCUUUCAACAAAUUAUCCUAAUUUAAAUGGACUUGGUUUAUAUGAUCUUACAUCAGAAAGAGCUCGAGAUUUCUUUAUUGAUUCAAAUUUGUUAAUCUGUGCUUUCAAAAAUCAAAUUUCAUCACUUGUUAUUGAUAUUAAUAAAUAUGAAGGAUCAAGAAGUUCAAUCAAAGAUAUAAAUAUCUAUAUAUUUACACAAAUUUUUACUAUGUUCAGUAACUUAAAAUAUUUAAAAUUUGGUCCAUCUUCUUCUGUUUAUCAUCGAUUAACAUUAUAUCCAUCACUUCCAAAUGUCUUCUCUUCGACUCUGUUAGAAUUACAUGUUGUAUUACAUUCUUACAGCGAUUGUCUUUAUUUACUUGAUGGUCGUUUCAAUCAACUUCAUGCGUUAUCUGUUCUCAUUUGUUCUUUCUCUGGUCCUUUAUUAACGACAAUCAAUAAUGAAAAGAAACUUCCAAAUUUAAAAUGCUUCUCGUUUACUCAAAAUGGAAUGAUAUACAUCUACGAUACUUUUCUUGUUCCACUUUUACGUAGAAUGUCAAAUCUAGAACAACUUAGUUUAUAUUUUAUCGCUCCCUAUGGACCAAUUAUUGAUGGCGAUCAUUUGGAAAAGAAUAUUAUCAAUUAUAUGACAAAAUUGAACAAAUUCAGAUUUAGUAUUCAUUCAAGUGUUCUUCUUAAUGAACAAAUUUAUUUACCAUCAAAUGAAGAUAUUCAAAAAUCAUUCAGAAAAUUUAAAAAGAAUCACAUUAUAUCAAAUGUUGAUUAUUUUUCACAAGAAAAUCAAUAUCAUUGUCAUGUUUUCUCAUAUCCAUAUACAUUAACAUAUUAUGAUAACAUAACAAAUAAUUUUCCUGGUGGAUUAUUUAAAUGUGUUCGUAAAAUAUCACUAUUUGAUGAACGUCCUUUUGAACAUGAUUUUUUUAUUCAAAUUGCUCAAUGUUUUCCAUAUGUGGAAAAAUUAAAUUUGCGUAAUUGGCAACUACAAAAGAAUGAAAAUCAGCAAUGUUCAAUCAUAGAAUAUCCUCAUCUUAUUGAACUUGAUCUUGUUCGAGUUCAUGAAAAUUAUGUUGAACAAUUUUUAGAUAAUAGGAAAAUAUCUUUACCAAAUUAUGUUUAUCUUUAUGUAGAUUAUCGUAUUCUAGAUAAAGUAACACACAAUUUUACAAGAGAUGCAACAAGAAUGAAUUGUUCCAAAAUUAAUGAUCUAUUGCUAUUGAAUAAACCAGCAUUUGCUGUCGAUCUAAAAGACUAUUUUCCUCAUGCUAAAAUAGAGUGA